AUUUUACAGAAAUGUCAGUCACCGACUAGAACUACAUGAAGCCGCGUCGCUUGGCGAUUAUGACGCCCUUAGAAGAGCAUCUCAAGACCGGCAAAUUUGAUGUGAAUCAAAAGGAUGCAGACUGCAGCAACCGAACACCUCUUCACUGGGCAUGUCAGAAAGGUUAUGCAGAAAUCAUUCGACUUCUUUUGGAGCAUGGAGCAAAAGGUACAGCACUCACAACUGUAGGAUGGACACCAGCACACUGUGCAGCUGAAUGUGGUCGCAUUAAUGCCCUGCGAGCACUCCAUGCAUCCCAAGUACCUACUGACUUUAAGGACAAGUAUGGUGAUACACCACGUCGCAUUGCAGAAAUAUAUGGUCAUCAGGAAUGCGUUAGAUACCUUCUACAGGCAGAAGCAGAGCUAGCUGAACGUCGAAAGAAUGGCGAACUGAUCGAGGAGGAGGAGGAUGUGGACUAUGAUUGUGAUGAUGAAGACUGCUUUGAGAGUGAUAAUGAAGAAACAAAGUCUGUGAUGGUUUCUAAAAUCAAGCAAACAGAUGAAAAAUGUAAGCCUGACAAAAAGAAAUAAUACUCUAGUCUUGAUCUCUUACUGUUAUUGAUUUCCUUUAUGCCUUCUCCAAAUAUGGUCUUAGAUUUUUGUUUUUCAUUGGGCAUUGAUAGACAUUUCAUUGUUUGGUUGCCAAGGUAUGCAACUUUAGGUAUCCAAAGAACAUACAGAGACUUUCCUUAAUACCUUUUCUCUGAAUUCUUACUAAACAUGUUUCAUUAUCAGUAACAUUAUUUCAAAAGCACACAUUGUGUCCAUAUUCCAGAUGAAAUAUGUGUGUGUUCUAGUAGCACCAAAAUACAUAUGUAUAUGUUUAA